AAACUUAUCACAGAAACAUCUGAAUUGUUAUUCACCAGCUGCAGAGGAACAGGCAGAGCUUGGCCAGAAUUCAGGAUGGCUGCAGGCGUGCUGUGCUUCAGGGCGUUUGCCCUCUCCAUGGCCUGCCUUCUCCUUGCCGUGCCCCUGCUAGUGGCUCAGGACCCUUCGAAGCUGAGCCUGGAGUACUACUCCAAGACAUGCCCGAAUGUGGAGCACGUUGUCCGCACGGAGAUGGAGUGCGCGGUGCGUGCCGACACCCGCAAUGCCGCCCUAAUGCUUCGCCUACAUUUCCAUGACUGCUUCGUUCAGGGAUGUGAUGGAUCAGUGCUGCUUGAUGACACGGCGACCAUGAUUGGGGAGAAGCAGGCGGACCAGAACGUCAACUCGCUAAAAGGGUUCGAGCUGGUCGACAAGAUCAAGGAGAAGCUGGAAGCUGAGUGCCCCGGAACCGUUUCUUGCGCAGACUUGCUCGCCAUUGCAGCUAGGGACGCAGUUGUGCUGGUAGGUGGGCCUUACUGGGAUGUCCCGGUAGGAAGAUUGGACUCCAAGAAAGCAAGCCUGGACCUAGCAAACAGUGACAUCCCUACAGCUCAGCAGGGCCUUCUCACACUCAUUGCCAAAUUCUGGCAGAAAGGCCUUGAUGCCACUGACAUGGUGGCCCUCGUUGGCUCGCACUCGAUUGGAUUCGCCAGGUGCGAGAAUUUCCGGGACAGGAUCUACGGCGACUUCGAAAUGACAUCGAAGUACAAUCCAUCAUCGGAGGCAUACCUCAGCAAGCUGAAAGAGGUCUGCCCCCGGGACAGCGGCGACGACAACAUCAGCGCCAUGGACAGCCACACCUCUGCAAUCUUCGACAAUGCCUACUACGAGACGCUCAUCAAGGGCGAGGGCCUCCUCAACUCCGACCAGGAGAUGUGGUCCAGCCUCGCCGGGUACUCGACAGCCGACACCGUGAACAAGUAUUGGGCCGACCCCGCCGCAUUCUUCAAGCAGUUCUCCGACUCCAUGGUGAAGAUGGGCAACAUUACCAACCCCGCCGGUGGCGAGGUCCGGAAGAACUGCAGAUUUGUCAACACAUAGGCUGGUGAAAACUGGACGGAACUCGGUGCCCGUACUGUUCUUUUGAUGGUUGGUGGUUGUUUGGAAAAUAAGGACGCUCUGCUGAGGCUAUUGUAUUAUAGCAUAUAUGUGGUUGCCACUCUGUGAAACACGUUUUGCUGUUUGAACUAUGAAGAUAAACAUCUUGGUCAUGU